GAUGGUCACAUGAGCAAGGUGGCUGGGAUCAGGGAGUGUGCAGCAUGUGCAGUGCCCCUGGUUCGGUCUGGAGACCUCUGCCUUAAGCUGGAAGAGGGUUGCUCCGAAAGGUAAUCCUUCCCCCUGUGCUUAUCUUCUUUGUAGAGUACUGCAUUGAGAGGGAGCCAAGGUGGAGGGGAGACUGGCCUCUGUUCUGUCUGUAACAGCUGUGUUGUCAGCCCUCUGCCUUCCCAAGGCUGCCGCAGGGAGUGAGCAGGAAAGGACCACAGCCCCACCAGCCUUGGAUCUGUCCUGCCAGGACCUCGACCGCUUCAAUGAUCGCAAUGUGUAGAGGCAGCAGGAGCCUGGUAAUCAUUUGUUCUGUCCGCUGGACGAGCUGAGCCUCUAGCUCCUCCGGUCCAGCUCAGACUUUAACCUCCUGUGGAGCAAAGACUGCAACCUGCUGCACCCCUCCGCACAGAGCCACCUGCGCAGCACGCCACCUUCCAGUGUCUGCAGGCUGGCGGUGCCGGGAACUAUACCUGCACACUCUACCUGAACGGCCACAGAAACGCCUCCUGCACCAUCAGGCUGACCAUGGAAGAUCUGUGCAGUGUGCCUCCAGAAGUCCUCUUCCCAUCCAGCAACCAGACUUUGGAGCCUGCCUUGGGAAGCCAGAUAACACUGAACUGUACUGUGCGGCUGCCCUUUCAGCAGCACUGCAACCGCGUCCUGCAAUGGAUGAAAGAUGGCCACUGGCUAGGCAAAGAGAGCAGCCAAUACACCAGCGAGGAAAAAGACUGGAUCAGUGAUAACGGAACAGAGAAGUUCAUGUCCAGCCUUCUGGGGGUGAACCUGACAAGCGACGAGGACUACGGUGUGUUUGCCUGCUGGGUUAGGAAUACCACAGCCACUUUCACACUACAGAGAUCAGAAGCUGCUGGACAUGUGAGUGCAGUGCUGGCAGCCCUCCUCAUCCUGGGGCUGCUGCUGCUCAUGGCUGUGAUCUAUGUGAAGUGCCGCUUGAAUAUGCUGCUCUGGUACAGGAACCGUUACGGGGAGCUGGAGAUCAAUGAUGGGAAGCUGUAUGAUGCGUAUGUGUCUUAUGCAAACUCCCCGGACGACAGGAAGUUUGUGAACUUCAUUAUGAAGCCGCAGCUGGAGAACCGUCACGGCUACAAGCUCUUCCUGGAUGAUAAGACCAUUCUACCCAACUCAGAGCCUUCAGCAGACCUGAUUAUGAACGUGAGCCGGUGCCGGCGCCUCAUUGUGGUUCUCUCGUAUGCAUACCUGGAGCAAGAUUGGUGCAUCAACAACUUCAGGGACGGCCUGUUGAGGCUGUUGGAACUGUCCCAAAGACCCAUCUUUGUCGCCUUUGAAAGCCAGUAUCGGGAGAUAGAGCAUGUGGCCAUUAACGUGCUGAAGCAGCACAAGAAUGCUCUGACCUUACUGCUCUGGCGGGCCGGCUCAAUGACCCCGUCGUCAGAUUUCUGGAAGGAGUUGUGCCUGGCUCUGCCACGGAAGGUGUCCUACCAGGGGAUCAUGGCGGACCCUCAGAUCCAGCUCGAGGAGGACAAGGACCCCAUGCUGAUUCUCCACAGCAGCUACUUGGAGUACCGAGGAGACCCACAUCCUGAGGGAGACCUGGCAGGUGUCCGUGGGUCCAUUUUAAGGGGCCCUCCGCCCCCUCGAAUGACUGGCCCUGAUGGACCACCAGCAUUAGCAGCUGGCAUCAUGGAAGAAGUGCAGCUGGAAGAGGGCCAGAGGAGUGAAAUAGACAUCUCUGACCUCGGCUCACGCAACUACGGAGCAAGGACAGACUUCUACUGCCUCGUGACAGAAGACGACCUCUGAGAGGGAGAGCAGAGACGGUGGGAUUAUUGCUCCCAUGGGACUGGCCAUCUUGGUGUCCCUUUAGCAGGAAAUGCUGCUCAGCUAGUUUCUUUAACCCAGAGGCCUGGUCAGCACUCCCAUUCUGGGGUGUUCUCUAUGGGGCAGUCAAGGCAGGGGAAAGGGCUGACUUUCUACCCACUCACUGAAGCCUUACAGUCCCAUCUAAAUGCUGGGGAUCUUAGUUUUUGCACCUGUUCAGGACCAAGAGAAAUUGUUAGGAACGAAGAAUUCAGCCUGGAAUGGGCUGAAAGAGACUGGGGGGGGGGGGGGCGGCGAGGGAAAAGCCCAGGGAAAACUGGUGCGCUGAGGUGGGCCAUGGCAUUGCAGAUGGUGAGGGCUGUCUCUGUGAUCGCUAGAACCAUGAGGGGGGCAUUGCAGUAACAGAUGCCAAGGAGGGGCUGGAUUUUGUUGUGGCCAUUGGGUACCGAGAUACUGCGUCAUGUGGUACCUGGCAAGCACGGAGUUCCUGGCUGUCCCACGGCACGGGGUCUAGUGGUGACUGGGUUGGGGGGGACACCACCAGCAGGGCUAAGGAUGGGGUCACCUAGAAAGGGGACUGGGAUUUGUAGUGAGAAAUGUAGAGCCAUAGGACAGCGUAGCACUGUUGCAGCAAAUGCACAUGGAGGCCUCAGCCAGCAGCUGGAGCUAGUGUGUGGAUAAGAGGCCAGACAGCGCAAAGGUCUGAUGGGAGUUGGGGGGACCUAACUCAGCCUCAGGACUGAAGGACAGAGACAGCCAGGGGCGUUAAAGCAGCUUGAGGGCAGACACCAGAAAAACCCAGGGGACUGAAAGCAGAGGCUGAUCCUCCCCUGCUGCAUGGUUGGUUACUCAGGGAUUCUUGUACCACCAGCACUUCAGCAGGGGCCAUUUCCUGUGAAGGAGCAAGAGCAGGGACGUGUCGCUCUCUCCAGGAAGUGCCCUGUAACGGCAUCGCUCACCGGCAGGCUUUACAGCGCUGCUCCUUAGGGACCGACAGGUCGGCUUUGGAAAGGGUUUCCUUGAUUCACAGAGCCGCUUUGCUCUUUCUUCUUUUUGAAAUACAAUUAAAAUAACUGCUGUUUUAAGCUA